AUGCGGACAUCGCGAGGAGAAGAGGAAAUCGAAGCUGAAAUCAGACAGCGGAUGCAGGGAGAGGCAAUUGGAGCCAACGACCUGGACUUCUACGCACGCAAAGUACGUAGAUUGGAGAACGACAACAACAUCAUCCAGGAUGAACUCAAUAAGGUGCGAGUGCGCCUCAGAAGGGCAGAAGACUUCGAAAUCAAAUACGACCUUCUCUCGGGGGAAGCAGCCGCGCUCCGCAAGGAUAUCGACCUCCGUGAUAAGCAGAUCCGUGAGCUGAAGUCUCUCAAUGAGAAGCUCGCCUUUGCAGCUGAGGAACGAUCAACCAAGCACGAGGAGUGGGCUCAGGAGAAACGCAGCCUGUUGGAGGAAAUCGAGAAGUGGACCACAAAAGCUGAAGAAAACGAAGAAGAAGAACUCAAGUUCCAAGUUCGCCAACUACAAAAAACUCUACAUGAGAAGGAGGCUUUCGAGAGCAUCAUAUCUGGAAGAGUGGAAAAAGUGAGAAAGGAGAAAGAUGAGGAAAUUGCAAGAUUAGGUCGUGUUAUCGAGGAUGAGAAGGAAAGCAGGGCGAUAGCCAUUGAGGAAAAGAAUGAGGAAAUUGCCAAGCUCAAGGAGAAAUUCGAAAAAAUGAUCAACUUUGAGCUCGAAAAUGUGAAGAAAAAUCUUGAAGACCAAGACCGUGCAGAGCUGCAAGCUGAAAUUAAACUUCUGAAGGAUAAGGUGUAUGAGGUGGAGAGCAGGGAGAGCUGGAGCUUUUCAACCUUAGGCAAAAGCUCCUGUAAAUUCAAGCAGCUGAUAUAA